AUGGCCAAGCAAGGUGGGCUCGUGACCUUUGGAUUUUCUGAUAAUGGCAGCAAGCUCGCGCGACCAUGCCGGCCCCAGACAAUCCCGCCUCCUUCCGACAGCCGUCCGAUGAUUUUCGGCCAGCUACUCCGAAAUGUUUUCGUGGAUGACGAUGACGAUAUUCUCGGGCUCAUCGACGGAGAAUUUGCCCACGCCGGACCAACACAGUCGUCCUCCAUCCGCCACGGUGGUUGCUGCCUGACACGACAGCCAUGUGCCGGCGUCUACAAGGGCGAAACCGGCUACCGACAUGACUUUCGACGAUGGAAGGGCGGAGAAAGAGACGGACACCGCUUCUUUCUUCCCACCUACUUGCGAGAGAGCUGGCCGACCGGUCACUUCUGGCUCAACCAUGCCGCUAGAAAGAGCUGGGCCAUUGAUGUCAUCUACCGGAAAUACCUUGGCGAGUGCAACUGA